AUGGUUGCGCUUGCCCGGAUGUUUCAGAGUGACCGUCCAGCAACGUACUGUAAAGUCAAUGUGGUUGUGCCUAUUCUACGCUUGUGGUUGGACGUCGAAUUGGACACAAAACCUGACUUCAGACUGUCCAGGCAGGCCAUGCAUUCGCUGCAACGUACAACGGAGACGUGCUGGAACCUGAUGGUGAUGCAACAGACAUCCUGGACCCGGAACUUCCUCUCCAUGAAGCUGCUGAGGAAUAUGAAAGGGCAGGGACUGCAAUAA